CUAUCACUACUUUAAGAGCUCUGCCACCUUCAGCCAACAUCCCAGACCCAGCUGCUCCCUCUCUUCUCUCUCCUUCUCUCUCCAUCCAGGUGACAAACACAGCCUGGAAAAUAGCAAGCAGGCAAGAGAGAGAGAGAGAGACGGAUGAAACACAUGGCAACAAUACAGGAGGUUAAUAAUCAGACUGGGGAGAUAGCAGCUUGUUUCCAGGAGAACUGAACACCACGGAGAGAACAGACCAGCAAUCAUCUCUUCCUGCUUGUGUGUGUGUGUGUGUGUGUGUGUGUGUGUGUGUAUGUGUAUGUGUGUGUGUAUGUGUGUGUGUGUGUGUGUGUGUGUGUGUUUGUGUGUGUGUGUGUGUGUGUGUGUAUCUGACAGACAGAGUGCAGUGGAAUUGCAGGAGUUGGUUUUCGGGGGAAGACAGCGCGACUGAUCCAUUGCAACAGAGAUUCUCUGACAACCGAAAGAGCCAAGGAGCGUAACACAUUGUGGAUAAAUUGAGAGUUUGCAUCUGAGGGAACGAGAAGAUUGAAGACAGAGAGAGAAAGACUUUCGUUGUUCUUCUCUGCUCCACUUACCCUGACCCUUCUCCCUCUCCCUCACUCCCCCUCCCCCCCUGUCCUCGUCUCACCUGAGAUGGACCGGCUGCUGGCUCUGGCCCUGGUCUACCUGGUGUACCUGUCGACUGCAGUGAUUGGCUCAGAGAAGAAGAAGCACCGGGUGCAGCAUGGACCCUGCAGUUACACCUUCAUUCUCCCCGAGGUGGAACACUGCCAGCCCCUCAAAGACUUCCAGGUCACCAACUCCCUCCAGAGGGACUCCCCACCACCGCCAGCCCCGGACCCAGGAUCGAGUCACCCUGAACAGGACAAAGCCCAGCCCGCUAGGUCCUCAUGGCAGGAGAGGAAGAUGGAGAGACUGGAGAGCUCCACAGAGAAUAAUACACAAUGGUUGCAGAAGCUGGAGAGGUCCAUCCAGGAGAACCUGCGUUCUGGGAUGGAGGAGAUGAAGACAAACGCUGUUCACACCCAGACGGCGGCCAUGUUGGAGAUCGGGACUAAACUCUUCAGCCAAUCAGCCGAGCAGACCCGCAAAUUGACAGAUGUGGAGACCCAGGUGCUGAACCAGACCAGUAGAAUGGAGAUUCAGCUGUUAGAGUAUUCUCUGUUCACUAACCGUCUAGAGAAACACGUCCUCCAGCAGAAUCAGGAGAUCUCACGACUCAACGAUAAAAGCAGUUUGAUAGAGCAGAGGUUCUCAGCUUUAGAGGCCAGGCACGUUGAGGAGCUCCAGGGUCUUCAGAGGGAGAGACAGCAGCUGCAGGACAUGCUGGAGAGACAGAGGCGCCUGGUCACCCAGCUACAUGGAGAGCUGGGGACCUCCACACACACCAGCACACGACUGCAGAAGCAGCAGGCUAUACUGACUGACACCGUGCAGCAGCUGCUCGCCAUGGUCACCCACUGCAACGAUAUACCCACUACACCCAAAGAGGAGCCAGUAAUCUACAGAAACUGUGCUGAAAUCUUCCGAUCUGGGCUCACAGAGAAUGGUGUCCACAGCAUACGACCCCCGAACUCUACCCGCACAGUGAAGGUGUUCUGUGAUAUGAAGACGAGAGGUGGAGGCUGGACUGUGCUGCAGCAUCGUAGAGACGGAGCCGUGGAUUUCCACCGUGGAUGGAGGGAUUACAAGAUGGGUUUCGGGGAUCCCUCGGGAGAGUACUGGGCAGGAAAUGACCUCAUCCAUCUGCUGACCAGCUCCCAGGAGUACAGUCUCCAGGUGCAGCUGAAGGACGACGAGGGGAACGAGGCCUACUCCCACUACGAUCACUUCUAUAUAGACGCAGAGGACAAAAACUACAGUCUCCAUGCCCAGGGGUUCAGUGGUACCGCUGGUCGCACCAGUAGUCUGACCCAGCAUGGGACCCAGUUCAGCACCAAGGACCGAGACAACGACCGCUGCUCCUGCAAGUGUGCUCAGAUGUCUUCUGGAGGUUGGUGGUUUGAGGCGUGUGGUCCCUCCAACCUGAACGGUAUCUACUACGCUGGCGUCUCCAACGUGGUCCGUUACAACGGCAUCAAGUGGUACUACUGGAAGGGCGCCAGCCUCAUGGCGACCAUGACUACCAUGAUGGUUCGACCCGCAGGCUUCUGAGGGAUAGCAGCUGCGAUAGCUGAUGAUUUCAAAGGGGAAGCGACUGAUGACAUCACCCUGACUGACUAAAUUACUGACAGAUGAGCGAAUGAUGAAGUUUGACAAACAUUUGGAAUACGAUAUUUGAGUGGCGAUUUUAGAAAUGUUUGAUUGAUGGACAUUUUCAAAGUUUUUUUUUUCUCCAAAAAUGUAUUCUGUUGGCCUCCCGAGUGGUGCAGUGGUCUAAGGCACGCGUCGCUGUGCUAGCCGUGCCACUAGAGAUUCUGGGGUCUAGUCCAGUCUCUGUCGGAGCCGGCCCGCGACUGGGAGACCCAUGGGGCGGCGUGCAAUUGGCCUUGCGUCGUCCGGGUUCGGGGAGGGUUUGGGAUGUCCUUGUCCCAUUGCGCUCUAGCGACUCCUGUGGCGGGCCGGGUGCAGUGCACGCUGACACGGCCGCCAGGUGUACGGUGUUUCCUCCGACACGUUGGUGCGGCUGGUUUCCGUGUUAAGGGGGCAUUGUGUCAAGAAGCAGUGAGGCUCGUUCGGGUUGUGUAUCAGAGGAAGCACGGCUCCCGACCUUCACCUCUCCUGAGUCCGUACAGGAGUUGCAGCGAUGAGACAAGACUGUAACUACCAAUUGGUUACCACGAAAUUAGAGAGAAAAAGGGGUAUUAACAUUUUAAAAAAUUUUAAAACAUGUAUUCUGUUUUAGAGAUUUUUCCCACCAAAAUGGCACUCCAUAAACAUGUGUUUUCUAAUGUAACUGUACAUACUGUGACUUCAGAAAUGAUUCCCUUGACUUAUUCCACAUUUUGCUGUUGUUACAGCCUGAAUUCUGAAUGGAUUAAAUAUAUUUUUUCUCAACCAUCUAUGUACACACCAACAGAGUGAAAAUUAUGUUUUUAGAAAUUGUAGCAAUUAAAAAAAAAAAAUUAUUAAAAAAAAACUUAUUUACAUAAGUAUUCACACCUCUAAGUUAAUACUUUGUAGAAGCACCUUUGACAUCAAUUACAGCUGUCAGUCUUUCUGGAGAAAUCUUUAAGAGCUUUCCACACCCAUUAUUCUUUUCAACAAUCUUCAAGCUCUGUCCAAUUGGCUGUUGACCAUUGGUAGAUAACCAUUUCCACGUCUUGCCGUUGAUUUUCAAGUAGAUUUAAGUCAAAACUGUUACUAUGCCACUCAGGAACAUUCACUGUCAUCUUGGUAAGCUACUCCAGUGUAUAUUGGCCUUAUGUUUUAGGUUACUGUCCUGCUGAAAGGUGAAUAUGUCUCCCAGUAUCUGGUGGAAAGCAGACUGAAACAGGUUUUCUUCUAGGAUUCUGUCUGUGCUUAGCUCCAUUCCAUUUAUUUUUGUCCAAAAAAAACUCCCCAGUCCUUAAAGAUUACAAGCAUACCCAUAACAUGAUGCAGCCAAAACUAUGCUUGAAAAUAUGGAGAGUGGUACUCAGUAAUGUGUUGUAUUGGAUUUGCCCCAAACACAACACUUUGUAUUCAGGACAAACACAGUCCUUUGCCCAAUUUUUUUUUUUUUUUUUUUUUUUUUUUUUUUGCCUUGUUGCAAACAAGAUGGAUAUUUUGAAAUAAGUUUUAUUAUUUUCAACACUAACCUGUUAUUUAGUUUAGUAUUGUGGAGUAACUACAAUGUUGUUGAUCCAUCCUCAGUUUUCUCCUAUCACAGCCAUUAAACUCAGUAACUGUUUUAAAGUCACCAUUGGCCUCAUGGUGAAACCCCUGAGCUGUUUCCUUCCUCUCCGGCAACUGAGUUAGGAAGGACGCCUGUAUCUCUGUAGUGACUGGGUGUAUUGAUCCACUGAGGUAGGAAGGACGCCUGUAUCUCUGUAGUGACUGGGUGUAUUGAUCCACUGAGGUAGGAAGGAUGCCUGUAUCUCUGUAGUGACUGGGUGUAUUGAUACACUGAGGUAGGAAGGAGGCCUGUAUCUCUGUAGUGACUG